GGAAAAAAUUGGAAAUUAGCAACGUUUAUCCGCUCAUUUACACAGUUACUGUACCUAUUAAUUGAUCGAUCGUUGUAUGCACAGCGAGGUUUCUUGAAGAGUACAGCUAAGCAGCAUACAAGAGCUCCUGAUGAAGGUGUAUAGGUAAUACUUUGAGAGCCUUGUAAGACGCCAUGUCUGAAGAGGCAAUUUCAGAAAGUGACCUGGAGCCCAGCCUUAACAGUGAAGAGGAGUAUUUGGAAAAUGAAGAAGAGGAAGACAUGGAGGACAUGGAGGAAGAUGAGGAUGAAAAUGAUGGAGAUGAUGAAGAUGAUAGUGUUGACCGACCUGCGAGUGCCCAGAGCAGGACCGACACAGCCCAGGAUGGCAGGGACUCCACUUCAGCUACCUCCGGAGAAGCAUCCUCAGAGCCUCCGUCUCGACCUGCGUCCCGCCCAUCGUCCAGGCCUCCCUCCAGACCUCCCUCUCGCUCUGAGUCUCCAACCAUGCCGGAAAACUCAAGCCAGAGCAAGCCACCCUCCAGCAAAACAAAGAAACAAAAAGCCUCUAAACUAACCAAAUCCUCUAAGUCUUCAAAAGGCUCCAAACCCUCUAAGCCAUCUAAGCCUGCACAUAUGAGGAAGAACAUCAGAAAGCUGCUGAAAGAUGAUCAGCUGGAGGCCGGGACCAAAGCUGCUCAACAGGAGGAGAUGGAGAGGCGGAAACGUCUGGAGCAGCAGAGGAAGGACUUCCCUACACCACUGCCAGCUGUCCCAGACUCUCAGCUAGUGGACACUGCUUCACUUUUAGGAGAGGUGUCUAACUUGGUCCCUGCUCUCCUGAGCAAGCAGGACGUGAUCUGUCUGGACAGCAGUGGUGAUGAAGAUGAAAAAGUGGACACCACACUGCCUGCACUUGCCAUUAGAGAUGAUGUAAUUGAGCUUAGUUCUGGGGACGAGGAUGCCCUGCAGAUAAGCAGCGAGUCGGCUGAUGAGGAUGCUGAUGGCGCCAACGCCUCGGAGGAGAGCAGCGGGUCGCACAUCAACGACGCUCUCAAUUUGCCUGAUGCCCAGGGUCGAGUGCUAGUUAAUAUCAAUCACCCUGCAGAGGAGAAAGACCUUUACCUCGCUCCGCAGCUGGCCAGGGCCGUCAAACCUCAUCAGAUCGGAGGGAUCCGGUUUCUCUACGAUAACCUCAUCGAGUCUCUUGAGAGGUAUAAGACCAGCAGUGGCUUUGGCUGCAUCCUUGCUCACAGCAUGGGGUUGGGCAAGACUCUGCAGGUCAUUUCCUUCAUUGACAUCUUACUGAGGAAUACUGAGGCUCACACUGUGCUGGCCAUUGUUCCUGUGAACACCCUUCAGAACUGGCUGACCGAGUUCAACCUCUGGCUUCCACCCCAGGAAGCCCUCUCCCCUGACACUGACCCUGCAGUCGUCAUGGGCCGCUCAUUCAAAGUUCACCUCCUUAACGAUGAGCACAAGACGACGCUGGCCAGGGCAAAGGUUGUGGAGGGCUGGUCCAGAGAUGGAGGCGUGUUGCUCAUGGGUUAUGAGAUGUACCGCCUGCUGUCCAUGAAGAAGAGUUUUGUGAUGGGCAAGAAAAGGAAAUCAAAGAAGCCUGCAGGGCCAAUCAUCAUUGACCUGGAUGAAGAAGACAGACAGCAGGAGCUCAUGAAAGGUAUUGAGAGGGCCAUAGCGCGUCCUGGGCCAGAUGUGGUGAUAUGUGACGAGGGUCAUCGCAUUAAGAACUAUCAUGCCAGCACGUCACAGGCUCUGAAGAACAUCCGCUCCCGGCGCAGGGUAGUCCUGACAGGUUACCCGCUGCAGAACAACCUCAUUGAAUACUGGUGCAUGGUGGACUUUGUCCGGCCCGACUUUUUGGGCACGCGUCAGGAGUUCAGCAACAUGUUUGAGCGGCCCAUUCUCAACGGGCAGUGCAUGGACAGCACACCUCAGGAUGUCCGCUUGAUGCGCUUCCGCAGCCACGUGCUGCACAGCCUGCUGGAGGGUUUUGUCCAGAGACGUGGCCAUGAUGUGCUGCGAGACCAGCUUCCCUCCAAGGAGGAGCAUGUGAUCUUGGUGCGACUCUCUCCCAUUCAAAGGGCGCUGUAUACUGAGUUCAUGAAACGUUUUCGAGAAGCAGGGAACAGCGGCUGGCUUGGUCUAAAUCCACUCAAAGCCUUCUGCGUGUGCUGCAAGAUCUGGAAUCACCCGGAUGUCCUCUACGAAGCCCUGCAGAAGGAGAAUCAGGCCAACGAGCAGGACCUGGACCUCGAUGACAUCACUUCAGCUAGUAACCCCCGCUGCCCUGCACCAGGCGCCGGCCUCAAAGCCAAAGUAGCCGACUCAAGCAACAGUAAAGUCAACAACACCCUGCCACCACUAAAUCCCUCCCAGGAUCGAGCCAAUCAAGUCAUCACAUAUGAAUGGGCAAAGGACAUAAUGUCAAACUACCAGACAGGAGUUCUGGAGAACUCAGCCAAGAUGGUUCUGCUCUUCCAUUUGAUUGAUGAGAGUGUAAGAAGAAGAGACAAGAUUUUGGUCUUCAGUCAAAGUUUGUCCACCCUGAGCGUCAUUGAGGACUUCUUAACAAAGAGACCCAUGCCGACAGGCAUCGCCUCCCCAGACACCCAGAGCCAAAACUGGGUUCGCAACCUCAAUUACUACAGGCUGGAUGGGAGUACAUCUGCCACAGAAAGAGAGCGCCUUAUCAAUCAGUUUAAUGACCCAGAGAACAAUGCAACAUGGGUCUUCCUGCUUUCUACAAGAGCGGGCUGCUUAGGGGUAAAUCUGAUCGGGGCCAACCGCGUCGUCGUGUUUGACGCCUCCUGGAACCCAUGUCACGAUGCCCAGGCGGUGUGUAGGGUGUACCGCUAUGGUCAGAAGAAACCCUGCUACAUUUACCGCCUUGUUUGCGAUUUCACCUUGGAGAAAAAGAUCUAUGACAGACAGGUUUCCAAACAGGGCAUGUCUGACCGUGUGGUUGAUGACCUGAACCCAGUGCUGAACUUCACUCGUAAGGAAGUGGAGUCGCUGCUGCAUUUUGUGGAAGAGGAGCCCGGCCAGAUCUCUCUGACAGCCCAGCAGGAGUAUGAAAUAGUGAUAUACCAGGCUUGUCAGUUUUACCCACACCUCAUCACCAAGCAACCUUUCCAUCAUGAGUCUUUGCUCGUGGACCGCAAGGAGUCAAAACUGACCAAAGCAGAGAAGAGAGCCGCCAAGAAGAGCUAUGAGGAUGAGAAGCGAGCCUCUGUUCCCUACUCUCGCCCAUCAUACGCCCCCUAUUACCCAACCAGUGAUCAGACGCUCACUAACAUACCAGCAUUUAACCAACGCGGCUGGCGUCCCUUGGCACGGCCAGAUGACAAGCCUGUGGCAAGUGUCAGGCCCAUCCAGUCAACCCCAAUCCCCAUGAUGCCUCGCCAGGUCGGCAUGGGCAUGGCAGGCUCCAGCUCUGCUGGCAGCCUGCCUGUCAACUUCCUGCAGAAAGCUGGAGUUUAUGUGCAGAGGAUCGUCACCACAACUGAUAUUGUCAUCCCAGGAGCCAACAGCACAACAGAUGUUCAAGCUCGAAUAAAUGCAGGAGAGAGCAUCCAUAUUAUCAGAGGAUCUAAAGGUACCUACAUUAGGACGAAUGAUGGAAGAAUUUUUGCUAUUCGAUCUGGAAAGAUCAGCAGACCAGCAGUCGGGGGCUCUGCUGCUUCAAGAGACACCCAAGGUUCCCUGAUCCACCCAGUCAGUAAUGGCUGUUCAUCCCCUGUGGACCAACAGCAGCAAUCCCCCAACGGAGAGCAGCGGCCCUCCUCUCCCUUAAGCUCUGAGAUUCUCAGAGAGAUCAGCCGCUACACCUCAACCACAGGCAAUGCCGCCGCUGGCAUGGGGAACGAAUUGCCGUCACCCUCCGAUGUGUCGGCCGCACCGGUGGGGGAUGAAGGCAGGUCCCAGAACAAUGACACUGGUGAUCUCAGUAGGCAACUAAGUGACGACCUCCUGAGCUCAGCUUUGGAGAUGCGCGGCAGCAAACGCAGGAGUGCUGAAAACCAGGGCAACACACAAGUAGGAGGCAAACGCACCUCCGCUGCAACACGUUUCCCUGGACUGUCCAUGGGCUCUGGUGGGCUCAGUUUUCCUCCCGUGGGUCUGAACUCCUCCUCCCUACUGGGCAAUUUAGGGCACAUGAAUCAUCCACUUCUGAUGGGUGGCAGUGGUGGCCCAUCAUUCCUUCAGACACCAGGACAAGCACUAGCUGACCUGCAGACCAUGUUCCCCUCUGCAGGUUCGGACCUACUCAGACAGUCUGCAACAGGGAACGGACAGCUUCCCACCCCCUCCUCGUCCUCUCUGCCCACUGUUUUCUCCUCCGCUUCCACCACCAUCCCCAUGUCAUCUUCACCCUCAGCAACACCUUCCUCCUCCCUGGCGGGUUCUCUGCCUCCAUACUUGAUGAAUCCCAACAUGGCUGGCCUGCUCUCAUCAGGGUUCCCUCUCAACUACAGUCAGUCGCUGCUCCCUGAGCCUAGGAUGUUCCCCACCCCUCUCCUGUCAGGGUCUGGGGGAUUCCCUGCACCCAACUCCAGCUCUACGACAUCCAGCUUCCUCUCCCAUUUCAACAAUCCAACUUCCAGCCUGUUGGGGGCAGCUCUGACCCAGCCGGACAGGCACCAGAGUACGGAGAACGGCGGCAGCAGUUCUGACGACGAUGUUAUAGAGGUGACAGGACAGUAGAGACUAGAGACAAAAAUCCUGAAGAGGCAGUUUCACACACAGUUUCACUAGUCAUGUUUAACCUGCAGUACAUUAGGGAUGAUUAGGGAAUGAUUACACAUUAAAUGAAUAAAUAAAAUAAAUUUAUUCUGUCACAGUAUCUGCCCCAAUAGUGUUAAGCAUUGUUAGAUUGUGAAUGUGUGAGCACAUCAGAAUGAAAGGAAGGGCAAGAGAAAAAAGUGAAAUUCUACAGUGAUGAGGUGACUAAAGAAGAAACAUAAUACAUAAAACGUUUCAGGAACUAAAUAUUAAUGUUAAUCCUGAACACAUACAGUGAAGCUGGAAAAGGCUGUGAUGAGUUCAACGUGAUUCGGCCUUUGCUGAUAGACCAGUCAGUUUUUUAACAUUCACCUAAUCGUAAGUGAGAUUAAAUGCAUUCCCAUUCCUGAUGGCCUCAUUUAAGUUCAAACACACACACACACAUGGACUCUCACCUGCAAACGAGAGAAUCAACUUGUACCUUAAUGACUUUACAGAGUAACAAAUCCUUAUGCUGAAUAUCCCAGACUUGUUCAGCUGGAGCAUCAGAGCAGUGGGAACAAACCUUUGUCGCACGGGGACCAGCUGAAUUCUUUCGGGGGGCUUUCGAAGCACAGCCUCUCCUGCCACGCUCACGAGGGAGGCCUCGCCGCCCCGUUCGUUUCAUUUCCUCCGAAUUCAGGUGGAAUCAGGUGUUGGAUUGUUUCAUGUCGUGUUGCUGUGAAACAGCCGAAUGCGAGGCAGAACUGGACGUGGCUGUCACGCGCGUCAGCCGUCCUCGCCUGCUGAACACUAAUUUACUCAUUUUUCUUCGGCACAGUUUCCUCUUCUAGUGAACAAAACUGGAAAGCGACACACCAUGAUAAAUGACAGUGGCUACAGAACAAAAAUCCACUCAACAGUGUAUUUAGAAAAUAUCCUUCAAGGCUUAUGUUUAACUACAGAAAUUUUAGGCUUUCAGAGCAUAUUUUAGUCUUUAGCAAUUUGAUAGGCAUUGUAGCAUCCCCCGUUGAAAGGAUAUUAUGUGUGAUACUAUAACUGACCAUGUUGAUAAUUUGUAAAUAGCAGUCAUUAUCAUUGUUUAUAUUGCAAGUCAAUACUGUGCAGUGUGUAGAUUUUGGUUGUAGGGAGAUCAUUAUUACAGUGACUAUCAUGAUGACAGAUACGCCCUCGCGUUGAUGCUGGGGAAACAAAUUUACUUUCAAAAUUAUAAUUUCCUUUUUUUCUUGUUUCUUAAAACUAAACUGAAUGUACUUUCAUGUAAGCCUUUGAUAAGGAUUCGGACUGUGUUCUUUCAUUUAGCCUUAACUAAAUAACUCAAAGGGGUCUUGAGCAUUUAUCUUAGUACAUCCAUUUUACAAAUCUGUUGGAAGAACUACUGAGCAUUCAGACAGUCGGUGUCAAACUCAGAACACAGGUGCAGGGCAGGUUCAGCAUUGUGACUAAAAGCACCGAGCGUGAGAGCGAAAAGGAGAGCAACUCUAGGUGUAAUAUUGCAAGCUCAUUCACAGAAGCCUGUCAUUUGUUGUGUCCCCACCAUCUGUUGAUACAUCAUCCCUCAGUCAAGCUGCACCCUACAUUUAGUUUCUUAGGGAUUACUUUCAGAACCUUGCUGAGAACAAAUAUUCCCUAAACUGCGUCCAUGCAGCCUGAGUGUACAAAACCUUAAAUCAGUGUAGCCACCAACCCAUCAAACCAGAUGACGUUUCAGUACAACCACCUGUGACUGCGCGAGAACCAGGUCGGGUGAUGAGGUGGCCUUACCGAGCUGACAGUGCCAUUAUGUGGUAGCUUCUCACAGAGGUGCGUCUUUAAAAGCAGUGCAGUGUUAAGUAGCGUCUGUCUGUCGUGUCAGUCAGUAUCUGCAGUGCUUUAGGGAGUUUCGGUCUUUGCUGUUCUCUGUAGCCUUGUGUUUCUGUGUUGUGAUGACACCUCAAGGUAUGUAGAUUUAGGAAAGUCCCUUUCCACCGUUGGUAAAAUAGGCUAGACACCGUGGUUACAAGCCUUUAGAAAACACUGGAAAACCUGAGACAACAGAUCAUUCACUAUGAAGUUACAUUUUUUCUGUGGAGAUAUCUUCCUGUGGGAACCUUUAGCUCUCGCAGUUCUGAGUACUGUUCACUUUUUGGUUUUGUUUGCUACUGGCUCCUUCGCCGUUUGUGUUUUGGAUGCUUCAUUUCUAGCAUCAAGAACGUCUCCAGCUUUCUUCAGCGCGUUUUCGGAACUUGUGAUGGUUUUGUUUCACAGCUGAAGGCGAAGCUAGCACUUUGAAAAAGGAUCAUAUCUGCUUGUGAACUGUACAAGGUACAUCACACUGACGCCAUGUCUUUAUUCUCAGUCCGUUGGAAACACUUUGCAUUUGAAUCUUGGGAAUCAUCAGUUUAUAAAAUAAACCCUGUCUGCCAUUUCUCAUCAAUUAGGUGCAUUUUUAUGUUUCAUGGGAACUUUUCAUUUUUUUAAAGUUUUUUAUAACUUCUUAUUGGUGUUCACUCUCCUGGCAGUUGUUUCCCUUAUUUCAACGCAAGUGUCUGAAAUUUAUUUAUUUAUGAUGGAAAAUAUAUUGUUUUUUGUAAUUGCAUUUUUUAACCUUUUGUUCACUUUGACCCAUUGACGGCUGAUCCAGUAAGAAUUUCGUACAUGCAGCCUAGAUCGAAGCAGAAUAUGACUGUGUUAUCCAUGUUAUUUUAACAAUAAAACACUCUUCUAUUGCAGUAUGAAUCAUUUCCAAAUUCUUUUAAUUUAUCAUCCGUAUGCUUUUUUGUAAAAUCUCACUGAAACACGUGGCUAAAUAAGUAAUCAAAAACAGCAUAAAUAGCCAAAAAGAACGAUAAUAACCAACCUGAGAUACAAAAAUUCAUAUAUUCAGGGAUGUAGCCCGGAUUUUAGGAGGACAGUUUGUGAUCUUGGAAGAGAAUAUUAAUUGAUUGUUUGUUCGUUUCUGCCUAAAAUCAGUCACAUUUUUAGCAGUUUAGCCUAAAACACAGCUAGCCUAGCAGCUCUGUGAGGCUGCACUUAGGCGCAACAAUGCUUUGCUAAAUGCUAACACUAGCAUGCUAACAUUGCUGAUG